CCCCCCUCAUUUCUAUCUCAACUAUGUUCGAUUACACCACCAUACGAUCUCUUGGCAGAAAUCAUAACGUUUAUUGCUUAUAAAACGAAAUAUUUGCCAAUAAAGAAGCGCGGACUUGCUAUUAAAAUAUGGUGGAGAAAAUGGUGGCCAUUUAGUUGAGCAGCAGGCUGAUUUAUUAUUUAUUGUUCUGUCCCACGGUCACGUGUCUGGGGCGCCCUAUCCAGUCUUGGGCAAGGUUCAAUUUACCGGACGCAUUGAGCCCCUAGCUGGUGCAGGAAAGCAGCUCUUUAUGUGCAAUGAAUCUGAAUGAUCUGAACAUUGCAAGCCUGUAAACGCGGUUUAUAUAUAUUUUGGGCUUUUGCAUUUCUGCGAUGUCGACGUUGGGAACGAGCUAUUACAUUGAGGCUCCUGUUCUUCCCGAGCAGGACGAUAUGGCACCGAGGUACUCGUCAGCUGCAGGGGUGGAGCAGGCGAUGCUCACCGAAUAUGGCGGACAGGAAUCUUGCACUUUGCAGGCGAAAUCUUCUAUUUUUGGUGGAUCUUGGAGUCCCAUCUCGACCCACCCUCCGAACACGGCCACUCCGACCUAUAUACACCACCACUACACCAACGGGGACAGCGAUGGUAUGUUUACGCGCUCCUGGGCGUUGGAUCCGGUCUCUGCGUCCCUGUGUUUGACGGGAUUACCGUCGACGGCCAUGCAUUAUGAGAUCAAACCCGAGCCUCGGAUUGGAAGUGCUGAAUGUACAACUUUGGAGACGCACACACCUCUUUUGUCUGACAUUGAAAACGGAGCGUCCCUUGUGGAGAUUCCCUGCCAAACCACAUCCACGUCUAAAGCCAAUGUAAGGAGCCCGUCAGCAGAGGACGAUCUCAAGAGGGAGAUAGAAGCAAAUAACCCAUCGUCCAACUGGCUUCAUGCAAAGCCCACCAGAAAAAAGCGUUGUCCAUAUACAAAGUACCAAAUCCUCGAACUGGAAAAGGAGUUUCUGUUUAACAUGUACCUCCCCCGGGAUCGUAGAUACGAAAUAGCGAGAGCCCUAAGUUUGACCGAGAGACAGGUGAAAAUCUGGUUUCAGAACCGCAGGAUGAAGAUGAAGAAAGACAACAAAGACCGGCAGAGAGACAGUUAACUUUGGACUGAUGCUGGAUUAGAGAGGGGAGGAGGGGGGAGAGGGGGAGUCUGUCUUUAAUAUUCCUGACCUGUUACACAUGUUGUUGUAAAGUGUGUGUAUAGUUAAACAAUGCUGGAUGUUAUUGUUUACUAUGGUGUCCAGUGUUUCAUGUUUGUGAGAGGACAAAGUGUCUCGUCAGAGUUUAGAUGUGUUGUAUUUGACGCACAGAAAUAGUGAGUAGGUCGUUUGUUAUUUGCAUGAAAUGAUCCUUGACUAUCUGAAUGUAUUUCAGCUACCUAUUUGCAUUGUUUAAGUUAUUGUUUUUGCAAUCUAUGUGUUUUAUAUCCGUCUGUUUUGUUCCAUUUGUGCACACUUCAAAUACCUCAUCCGUUCCUUGUUUCAUGUAAAAAUAAAAAGUAGUUUGUAUAUAGCACAGAAAGUAAUUAUGACUUAUUCAUUUGGUAUAAUGUUGCGUUUAACAUUGAAACACACUGCGUAUUUAUAGCACAUUUAAACUAAAUAUAGACUAUAAAGACUAUUGUACUGAAAAAUACUAUUUUUCGUUCUCUAUUCUUUCUUAAUUCCUUUAUUUAUUUGUUAAGCACAUUUUACUUCCGUGUUCACCACAAGAAAUUCUAAACUAUUUUCACAGAAUAAGUAUUUUGACUUAUUUCAUUGAAAAUUAAUUGAACUAAAACAAUUUAUUUCAAGAUGAAAAAAUAUGAAAUAGUUUAUACUAUUAUAGUUUCUUCUCUCUUGUAACCAUUCCAAAUAUACCCACAGAAAAAGACAAUCCUGAGGCCUGUACAAAUAGUUUCUCUCAGAAUUGUGUUUUUGGCAACCUUACCGGCCUAAAGUAUUAGUAAGUUUCUUAUGAUAAUAUUUAUAAAUCAAAAAUAAUAAUAUUUGGAAAAUAAGAGAGGGAUUUGCAUUCGAUUGUAACAUGGUCAAUAACUUUAGAUUAAUACACACAUUGUCCUUUUUAAAGAGCCUCCUGUUUAAACAAUAUUUGAAAAUGGAAAUUAUAUUUGAAAAAGCUUGUAUCCUUCGAUUUAAAUGUGUUUACAUAAAUAGAAACGACAGUAUAGACUAUACCCAACAACACACAGCGCAGGCACAAUUCAAAUAAAAAGUCACGAAAGAGUCAGGGCAAAUUAAACAACAGCGAAACCCAUUUUAGCGUUUAAAGAUACUUUCUACUCAAUUAUUAUCUAAAUCCUUCCAUAUAUAAAUGCACUAUCUUUUAGGACAUCUUCGGUCUUUUAGCGCGCUACAAACUAGACUGGAUGCCCUCCUGCAAUAAACAUCGAUCACAGCCUCAACUGUUUAUAAGGUGCGAAAACAGGAAAGCAUGAAGGCUCUGUGACAGCAGUAAAGCAGCAUUUCUAAUGAGCCCCGGGAAAACAGUCAAAUAUGUGAUAUUGUUUUAAGAUAGGCCUGACACACACGCACACAUGCACGCACGCACACACACAGAGGGACGCAGGACUGCAGAUGGCUCUGUCUUAAAACCUCUAAUUCCUUUACAACCGUCUACCGACGAUUAGUCUGUCUCGAAGCAGAGACAUCCUUGUGUUGUUUAGUCGCUGCAGCAGAGCUCUCAGGACAACAGACACACACAAACACAACAACAUGUUUAACACUCUUAAAAGUUUCCAAAUAAGUUUUUUUUUAAAAUACGUUAUUUGUUGUCCACUUUGACGAACAAGUUGAAAAUUACACAUUAAAUACAAACACACACAAUCUUAAAUGAGGACAAACACAGUGUGCUGGUGGUGGUGUCACUGCUCCUCGCUGACCUGGGUGCUGAUUUGCUCUGACCGCCAGCAGGUGGAGGCAGCAGCUCAUCUGAAGAAAAGUGUUCAAACUGGAUGGUGCGUUCACGGCACACCAAGAACAUUACCCCUUUAUUACAGACCUGCAGCAGUUGUCUCGUUUUCGUCGUAAAACAUCCCAUCUUGCUCAGUUUCGUUUUAUGGUCACCCAUGGCAUAAAUUGCUCUUUAAAAAUCGUGGGGGAUUUUGUUUGUCAUGGGGUUUCUUUAUUCUGUAUUUCAUAAAAUAGUUUAUCAAAUGGUUCCCUCUGUGCUUGUGAAUAUGAGAUAUGUGAUGGGAAUGCAUAAUUCUCACACAUCUACAGGUAUUGAUAAAAAAAAGCAUACAUAUUUAUAUCCAUGGAAUCAAUAACUAUUAUACCAAAUGACUAUGUUAUAAUUACUAAACUAUGUGUACAUAUUUGUACAGGCACAUUCACACAUAAAUCCUUUGGCAUGCAAUAACUUCCCUUUUUUUCUCCCAGAGUACUGGAUCCCAACUGAGCGAUGAACUUGAGGUCCUAAAGUAAGAGAUACCCCAAAGCUUACCUCCCUCCCUGGUUUCCCAUAAUGCCCCCCUCAACCUCAUCCAAAUCCCCCUAUAUCAACCCCAAAGGUCACCCACAUGCAGACCAUUAAGUCACUUAUUCCUUUUUUGGAAAACUGUAAAGAUAAGCAUGAUAAAAUAGUGACAUUACACCAUAUAUUACACUUAAGAAACCUUCAGUUAAUGCUCUUCAGAGCGUAGAUGGCAUUCCUGUGUGAUCCUGCAUGAAUCUUCCAUGAAAACAGCCAUUUGAGGAGCCAUGCUGCAGAAAAAACAGAAAGUUUCUUGGACGCUGUUUGCAGUGACCUCCUGAGACCCCUAUACAUCAAACCUCAUGACACCAACAGAGGAGGCCACAAGUGAACUUUGGAGGAGAAGUUCAGAGGAGUAGAGUCAUGAGCACAUGUGAGUCUAUUGUAUCCACUUUAUCUCACUGCCAAUGGUCUGCUAUGAAAGUGGAUAGUGAGGCUAUUUCUGUGUUUCUGUAAUAAGGUCUUAAAACAUUACGGCAGAAGAUGACUUGAAACUAUUCCUAAUAACAUCACAGAUUAAUGCAGUUUUCAAGGAAACCAUACUUUUAGAAUUUGGACUUGGCUUGCAAGUGAACUUAUUUCUCAGUUACUUAUGCAUUUACCUGGAUUUCGAUAUAUCCUCAUCCUCAAUUUGAAAUGAUUUAUUUGCUCAGUGAAUGAUAAAACAUCAAUGUCUGCCUUUAACAUGCACUGAGCAAGGACACUCGAAAAGGCUGAAUAUCUCUUAAAGCUGUGUUGUUCAUUUUACUCUUAUGAUCCCAAAUGUAACAUUACAUGUCUUGUUUGAUUUCCUGAGAGGCAAGAAGAAGGGCCCAAAAUGACAGUAUCUCUGAUUUUAUCACAAUAUUUCUGCACAUGUCGACGUGCAGAACAGUUUGAUUUGCAGCCUUUAACGCCCCUGAAGUAUCUGUCAAAUCUGCUCAUGAAACCAGGGGCUCAAUAAAUAAAACUGUUAUGUGAAAA